CAUAUAAUUGUUCAAUCAGUAGUCACACCAUUCAGACGCGAGCCACUCAUCCACUCUCUUCAUCCGUACGCCACAGCUCUCGCGGCCACACAUCUCAUGCAAUCCUUCCGAGUUGUCGAGACCUACGCCAUGAAGAAGUCCACCGAUUCCGCCAUUCUUCAGAAUCAAUGCAAACUCGCCGACGAUAUCACGCGACACCUCAACCAUCACAACACCGGUGAUAAACUCAAGAAAUCCGACUCUACAAAUGGCAUCAAUAGUAUAAAUAGCAUCCAUCAGACAAAUACCAGCGCUCAGGACUUGGCUGCGAUUAGGCGAUACAGGACUGCCUUCAGUAGAGACCAGUUGCAGCAGUUGGAGAAGGAGUUCGGCCGAGAAAACUAUGUCUCCCGACCCCGACGGUGCGAAUUGGCCGCCGCUCUCAACCUCCCAGAAAGCACUAUAAAGGUUUGGUUUCAAAACCGACGAAUGAAGGACAAGAGGCAGCGAAUGGCGCUGACCUGGCCCUACGCCGACCCCCACUUCGCCGCCUACAUGUUCGCAGCGGCGGCCACAGCGGCGGCCUAUGGUCACCAACCGGCCGGCUAUUGGAAUAGGAGUUCCACUCCUUACCAGAACUCUUCGUCGUAUAUGAUGAUGAGACCGCCGGCGCCCGCGGCUCCCGUAACGCAGCCGCCGUUCAUCGCCUCACCCGUGGGUCUGAUGUCAAGUCAUCCGUCGCGGACAGUGGAGUCCAUCUCGAGCACCAACUCGUGCUGUAACUCAAGUGUCUGUCGCGGAUGUAAUUCGCCUCCAAAUGUCAUCAACUCGUCGCUGACAUCACUGACUCGGACGACACACUCGCCUGAAAUGUCAUUAUCUAAGCCCCUGUUCCAGCCCUAUAAGAAUGAUAUACAAAAGUAA